GGGGGUUUUUUAGAGCCAACAGGGAGCGCACGGCCCCCCGCGUCCGCCAUUUUGGGGUCUUUAAUCGACAAAAGCGUUAAUUACUGUCGCGAUAGGGACCACCGCGUGGGAGGGGCUUAACCGAAGCCGCGCCCCCUUUCACGGGCACAGCCCCCACGGCCACGCCCACAAGGGGGAGGAGCCGCGGCUCGCAGGCCACGCCCCCUCCCCGGUAACAAAGGGCCGCGGCCCCUUUAAGCGCCGCCGCCGCCAAUCGGCGCGCGCGCCGCACGGCGGUCGCUGAUUGGCCGCGGCUCGGCCCCGCCCCCCCGGCCCCGCCCCCCCGGCGCUGUCCCGGUGCUGAAGGCGGCCAUGAGCGGCGGCGUCUACGGCGGCGACGAGGUCGGGGCGCUGGUGUUCGACAUCGGCUCCUUCUCGGUGCGCGCGGGCUAUGCCGGCGAGGACUGUCCCAAGGCGGAUUUCCCCACCACGGUGGGGCUGCUGUCCCCGGACGAGGUGUCCCUGGAGCUGGACGGGGACAAGGACAAGAAGGGCGGCAAGGUGUACUACAUCGACACCAACGCGCUGCACGUGGCCCGCGAGGGCGUCGAGGUCCUGUCCCCCCUCAAGAACGGCAUGAUCGAGGACUGGGAGUGCUUCCAGGCCAUCCUGGACCACACCUACGGCAAGCACGUCAAGUCGGAGCCGGGGCUGCACCCGGUGCUCAUGUCCGAGGCGCCGUGGAACACGCGGGCCAAGCGCGAGAAGCUGACGGAGCUGAUGUUCGAGCACUACAACAUCCCGGCCUUCUUCCUCUGCAAGACCGCCGUGCUCACCGCCUUCGCCAACGGGCGCAGCACGGGGCUGGUGCUGGACUCGGGCGCCACGCACACCACGGCCAUCCCCGUGCACGACGGCUACAUCCUGCAGCAAGGUAUCGUCAAGUCGCCGCUGGCCGGGGAUUUCAUCUCCAUGCAGUGCCGGGAGCUCUUCCAGGAGCUCAACAUCGACAUCGUGCCGCCCUACAUGAUCGCAGCCAAGGAGCCGGUGCGGGAAGGGGCCCCCCCGAGCUGGAAGAAGAAGGAGAAGCUGCCCCAGGUGUCCAAGUCCUGGCACAACUUCACCUGCAACGAGGUGAUCCAGGACUUCCAGGCCUCGGUGCUGCAGGUCUCGGACUCCCCCUACGACGAGCAGGUGGCGGCGCAGAUGCCCACGGUGCACUACGAGAUGCCCAACGGCUACAACACCGACUACGGGGCCGAGCGGCUGCGCAUCCCCGAGGGGCUCUUCGACCCCUCCAACGUCAAGGGGCUCUCGGGGAACACCAUGCUGGGCGUGGGGCACGUGGUCACCACCAGCAUCGGGAUGUGCGACAUCGACAUCCGGCCGGGUCUGUACGGCAGCGUCAUUGUCACCGGCGGGAACACGCUGCUGCAGGGCUUCACCGACCGCCUGAACCGCGAGCUGGCCCAGAAGACCCCCCCGGUGAGGGACCCCCGGGAUGGGGGGGUGAAGGGACCCCAAACCCCCCCGAGCAUGCGCCUGAAGCUCAUUGCCAGCAACAGCACCAUGGAGCGCCGCUUCAGCCCCUGGAUCGGGGGCUCCAUCCUGGCCUCGCUGGGCACCUUCCAGCAGAUGUGGAUCUCCAAGCAGGAGUACGAGGAGGGCGGGAAGCAGUGCGUGGAGCGAAAGUGUCCCUGAGGGGACCCGAGGAGCCCUGAGGGAUCCUGAGGGGCCCUGAGGGGAACCUG